AUGAAACUUCUACUAUUAUUAUUAUGUGUUGUAACAUUCUUGAAAACCAAUGCACAAUCCAAGGCAAUAAAAACACCACCAAGUUCUUCCUCAUCUUCAGCUGCAACAAUCCCAUCCAGUGCAUUAUCAACUUCUUCUCCACCAAUAGAAGGAGGGGUUGGAGGGAGAAGUUUGACAGGCAUCAGAGCAACUAUAGCUGCAACGAACCCAUCCAGUGCAUCACCGACUGGAGCAACAUUCAAAUUUGAACCAAUAAAAUCUACUGUUAUUGGAGGUAGAAGAAACUUUGGUUACAGUGCAAUUGGGGGUUUUCUUGACAACAGUUUAACUCCAACCAAAAAUAGAAACCCUCCUAGAUCCAACAACAAGCCAUCUAAUCCAGACAAUCGACCCCAACAAACAUCAAGAAGGAGAUAUGGAAACCAAAGAUCUAAUGUUAACAGAACGUAUAGUGGGUAUUCUCAACCAAGAGCAACACAAUCAAACUCAUAUUCUAGAAGACCGGCAAACCAAGUAUAUGUGAGCAGUGGAUCUAACUCAAAAUAUACUCCACCCACUACAUAUUACACUAAACCAGUAACCAAGACAAAUAUAAACAGUGGAUCUAACUCCCUGUUUACUCCAUCCACUACCUAUUACACUAAACCAAUAACUAAGACCUAUGUAAGCAGUGGAUCUUCAAGUUCAUCUUCCUCUAAACCAGUUUAUGUGAAGAGUGUAUCUACAACUGUAACUAAAUAUCGAGCAUCUUCUACUGAAUCCUGUAGUAGAUCAGCUCUAUCCCUUCUACCAUCAACAGGUGGUUCAGGACACUGUACAUCUAGCUGUAACAGUAUUCUAGGAAGAGAGAAUGCAGAGAAAUGUUGUCAAUCUGCUGAUUCAAUAGAAGCUUAUCCAGUUACAUGCUAUCCUUGUAAAUUAUGCACUUUUUAA